CGCAGUUGGCAGUUCUAAGCAACAGCUGUUGCAACAGCUGUAAAACUGACGCAGAAUACAAGAUUUGGUUAAAAGUUAUUGAUAUUAAAAUAAAUAUUGUUAAAUCCCAAUAAAUACUGUCAUCUGAAUUCAGUAACUGCUUAUUCAGCCAUGCUGGAACUCAAUGACUUUACAACUGUAUGUCCCGAUGAUUUGAACGCAGCUUUGGGUUUUCAAAUAUACAACGACUUAAAACAUGGAGAACAAGGCGCCGAUUUUCAACCCAAUUAUGAUCGCAAUCUAAAAGUGUUUUAUUUAAUAAAAAAUGAUGCAGCAUAUGUACCGGUUUUGCACACAAAGGCAAUCGACUUCAGAAUUAUAAAGUCUUUGCACGAAAAUCUGAAACAGCGCAACCUGUAUUUAGCCAUUGUGGAUAAUACCGCCAACAUUUUGUAUUAUAAAAUGAGCGAGUGUCUUACCGAAAACCAGUCGACAAAAACUGCUGUUUAAUAAUAGCGAUAGAUACAUUUAUUUAAAAUCAUAUCAUAAAUAUAAAUUACAGUCACAAUUUCAAACUAAUCGUGACUGGAUGUGGACCCAUCCGACUUGUUAAAUUAAAUCGAUGAUUAUAGCCGCAAGCUGUGAGCAUAAUCAUAAUAAAAAUGACAAUAGAAGAUCUGCAUUGUUUAUACUCGUUUCGAUUCGCAUGAGGUGUGCAAAAUCGUUAUCAUAAUUGUAAUUAUAAAUAAUUAUCUUCACAUAAUGGUAGCUUAGACUACGUUUCAAUAAUCGAUUAUUACAACUAAAAGUUACAUUAAAUACAACAUAGAUCUUAAGAGUA